GAAAUGCGAUAUCCAUCGGUUAGUAUUGUUAACGUAAUUCAAGUGGCGAUUACUACAACAGAAUCGUUACAGUAGCUGUUUAGUUUAAGCGAAACUCUCGUUCGUACACCAUGGAGGACGAAUCGUCGAAAUCAAUAUGGUACCUGCAGAAGGGUACCACCACGAUGUUCCUCGCGGAGGUGAUAGGAACAGCGGUACUUUUAUUUAUCGGUUGUAUGGGCUCCGUGGGUACCAUGGGAUUGUCGAUACCUCUACCGUUACAGACGUCUAUCGCGUUUGGUAUGACUGUCAAUAUGUUAAUCAUGAUGGUGGGUCACAUCAGCGGUGCACAUUUCAAUCCAGCUGUCACGAUUGGAGCAGUUAUCGUAGGACUUAAAACCAUUCCAACGGGUAUCGUUUACGUAGUGGGCCAGUUCAUCGGUGCCAUUAUUGGAUACGGACUGCUAGUGACAGUGACUCCAACCGAAUUGCUCAGCGACGGGCACAACUCGUCGACAGGCUUUUGCGUGACCGCUGUUUAUUCUGGUGUCAGUAUCGUGCAAGCGAUUCUAAUCGAAACUCUAUGCACGGCGAUUGUACUUUGCACAGCAUGCGCUACUUGGGAUCCCAGAUGCGCGCAUACGGCGGAUUCUACGGCUAUCAGAUUUGGUUUCUCUAUCGUAGGGCUUUCACUUGCAGCGAGCCCCUACACCGGUUGCAGCAUGAACCCAGCGCGUAGCUUCGCUCCUGCGCUUUUCCAAGGAGAUUGGAAGGAUCAAUGGAUUUAUUGGAUUGGACCGACCGUAGGAGCUUUACUUGGAACGUAUACCUAUCAGCUUCUUUUCUUGGAAAAGGAAACGGUCAUGACUGCCGAUGAUCAUUCUUUCAUACAGAUGAAUUCGAGAAAUUCCGACAGUUUAAAUAUUCCAUGUGACAAGAUUAGAAAUGAGAGGCUCGAAGUCACAAAAAUUUAAAAAAUCACUUCCGCACAAUGUACCAUGAACUUAGCCGACUUCACGACCGAACCAUCUAAGGGUACGACAUUAUAUACCAUGCACACAGUGUAUUUGUUAUCGUCCGCCGGUUAAAGUUUUCCACGAUCCGCGACGUUUCAAGUAGUUUUGGACAUUGCCAGCGACGUCGCUGUACGCGAUCGACUGCUGCUACCUUCGAUUCUCUUUUAUUAUAUCGAUAUGUUUAUGUUAUUCGAAUUGUAUGAACAUAAACGUUUCUAUCACGCUAUGCAAUUGAGAGAAUAUACCAUCAGAAGUCUACUAUUUUUUGACAGUGUAUAAAUGUAUUAUAGCGACUAAAAAAAUUAUUAACGCUAAACUAUCGCACACGUUUGUAUAUAUAAAAUUUGAAAAUUCUUUGGGUCUUAUCAUUGAAAUAUACGCAAGUACAAGUGAGACAAAUAGAAAGAAUAUUGUUUCGUAACUCAGCUGAGAACAUUACCUGCCUCGAUAAGGCAACGCCUAAGAAUUCUUUCAUUUCGAUAUGGAUGUACCUCUCUCUGAGAUUCCAUAAAAUAAUGCGCCAUUUAAAUGCAUUACCCAAGCUAUAAAGUAUUUCCUUUUACGAUCCUAGCAUAGACCUCGAUAACUUAAUUAACAGACAUUUUAUCAGGAAGUUUUUUAUAAUUUCUAGAAAUGUUGUUACAUGUCUAUUUUUGUCGCGAGAAUACUGCGCAGAUGAUUCCAGGGGUUGGCCGGAAACUAAAUCGAUAACGGGGUGGUUCGUAGACGCUUCUAGAAUUUAAGGCUGAAUUUGCACCUGUAGAACAGCUUUGAAACCAUCCUCGUUAAUUAUGUAUAGCAAAGGCUGUACAAAUUCUGACAAAAACUGUGAGAAAAAGUAUAAAUGUCCACAGAUAGCGCAUAGCAAGUUGUGGUGUAAACUUUGUUUUCCCCGAGUUACAUGUUGUUGCGCAACUCCUGGAUUCAUCAAACUAAUAUCAGACGUAAACCUAUAAUUAUUAGUUUGCUGGAACGGGUUCAUUUUUUUUCUGUCACAUAAGUUGUAGCUUCUAAUUUUAAUUGCCGGAUCCGAACCAGGUGCGGUGGUGCCACGUAUUUUCUUGUGGCUGAAAACAAAAUAGAACUUAGAGGCCCCAAUUAAAGAUAAAUGAAACGAUACAAUUGUAUGCUACACCUUAUUGUGUAUCAGUUGUUUGUUGCAUCAUUUUUAUACAAAUAUACAUAUAACAAACGUAUAUAUGGGUAUAGAACACGAGAGCUGCAACUAUUGAUUACCUGCUGCAUCCGACCAUAGAACGUUCGAGACUUCCACGUACAUUUUUCGAAAUACGCGAUUUUCAAUUUCAGUUUAACCAAUGCGAAAUCAUCAAUUGACGGAAAUUAAGUAUUCUCACUUAAGGGGGAAGUAGGUUUAGGACUACGUUUAUUUUUAAUGAUUUGCAUGACGUUUUUUUUAGCAAGAAACGAAUGUAUAGAAUUUAACGAAACUUUGAGGACAUUUUAUACAUAUAUUCAAGUAAAUAUUGUAAUUUUUUGCCCCCUUAACGGAACGGAAUUGCAACGGUGGUGGAUAGUGCAAAAACCAUCGAAGCAUAUUUUAACGAGUUCGACGAAUAACACGAAUUCAACCUCGAGGCGUUGUUGAUAUCUAGUCGACGAAAGUGUUGUUGUGCGUGAUAGCGGACGAUAAAGUGCAAUUUGGAAGGCCGUAAGGUAAACGAACUCUAUAAAUGUCGCAAUGCAGCGUCGCACGCAAAGAUGUGCGUCGCCGCUUGCAUCCCAGAUUCUAUAUUUAUCCUUUGGCCACAUCGUUGCACAGAUGGCAUCGCCAAAUAAAUCAUAAGCAGAUUUAUUUAAUAUACGGUACAUUUCGUACCCAGUCAUACAGGUUUCGUUUCAGGACGUUGUACGAAAGUGAACUAAAAAUUCUGCAGAUAUAGGUACGCGUAGUCUACAUCUGCUUGGUCGCGACAACCGGCACGUCCGCUCUACUUUUCCGGUCUUUGUGUCUGCGAAUCUGUCGAAGCAUCUGCCCAUCAUUGUACUCAUUUCCGCAAGGAGGAACCCUGUCCCAAAGUUGAUCCUGCUCCGUUAGACGUAGCAUUAUUUGUUCGAAUAAUACACAAAGAAGAUUUCGUAGGAAUAACAACUUGGCCAUGACCGGCAUUUCCAUUAAAAAAAAAAAAAAAAUAAAUGAAAUUAACUGUGCGUUUUUCAGACGCGAUGCGUACGCAGGAAUCGAAUAAUGCGCAAAGAAAAUCGAUGCAGCUAAACCUGUCGCAAGGAACAUAUUACUGUUACUUGCAAAAGCAUCUGCCCAACCCAUCGUAUAAUCAUUUUACAUAUUUAAGCAAUUUCAAAGCAGGAAUUAAUAAUUCUAACUGCCCUCCGUUCAACUUUUACAUGCAAUUGCGCAGCUUGGAAGGCACGGCGUCCUACGGAAUAUUUGCGACGCAAAUACGCGUAUUUUCGAUCGCAGGUCCACUGAACGAACUUCUUCACGGAGUUACGCAAUAUUGUCACAAUGUUUCGCGAUGAAUUUUCAUUUACCAUCAGCUACGCAAUGGAAAGUCCCCUAUCCUGUAGCCACGAAGACAUUAAGGACAUUCUUAUCUCGCUUAUCGUGGCUACCACGAAUCGGAAAAAGCAUCGUUCGCUGGUGAUCCUGUCAAACGUAGACUCGCGCUGCGGAAGUCAUCUAGAAAUACCGUUUGAUGCAUUUCUAAAAGUAACGAAUACGUAGCUAAGGCGGCAGGAGAUCCUAGAAGCAACAACGUUCUAGAAAUUCAGGCAGAAGUCGUCGCAGUUAAGGACGACCCCUGGCUGUCCUUGAUUCCAGAAACUACGCACCGGGAGCAAUCCCAGCCUCCAGGCUCAACGAUCAAAAUAAAUAAAUGCCGCGUGGUUACUCUCGCUUACAUCACGUAUACCACCUAACCGUUUAAGCGAGAGAAGGAAGGAGUGAAGUUGUGUAUGUUAUGUUAUGGUGGGGCUCUAGCGGUGGAACGUGCCAGAAAUCUCGUAAUACGUUCACCGAUCAAUACUUGGUAUUUUCGUAUUUUUUCCUUUGAACGCACGAAAAUGCACGUAACCGCGAUACAGAAUGAUAAUUCUUGACACGAGGAUUACGAUGAUAUCGGCGGCCAAUGGUUAAAUGAUCGCAAAAGUGUUGAAAUAUGAAAAUGAAGGAAUGUGCGCAUUUGUCGGCGCGUCUCGAACAUUCGACGCUGUGUCGCGGCGCUCGCCUAUAUAAGGGGGCCGAGCGGCUCGGCUCGGUGCAUUCGUAAAUUAACUUUCGUUCAGUUCGGACGUGAAGAACACCUGAAGACCCACCAACCAGUGAGCAUUCCUGCGUUUCGUUUACAUCGUCACCAGGCUGAUGACAAGAAGACAUUAAAAUGUAGACGAGAGGGAUCCGGUGCGGAACGCGACAGUUUCUCUCCACCGUACGGGGUCGGUGCUUGAACUAUCCGUACGCAAUGAUAAAUUGGUCUGACUAGUUUGAAAUUUCUUCGCAUUUCAAACUGUUCAAGAAGAACACUCCGAGGCACAUGAAUUAGAUGAGGUUAUAGCCUGCCUCGGUUACUAAAAUCGUCCUACGCCCCUGUUAAUAGGUUCUAUAGUGGACUUCCACGAUAUCUGCCCCGAUUUCUUAAGAGUAGCAGACUCAUAGUUUGACCGAGGUAAAUCGUCGACACCAUCUUCUUUAAACGAAUAUCUACCACAAGGGCACACGGAACAUUGGAAUUGAGAAAAACACAGAACUGAAACAAACAAAAAGCCGUGAAAGGGAGAGGAUCGCUUUCCACGGCUCUAGCUUGCGAGUAGUAGGUGAUAUUUUUACCAUAAUGAAACGUGCUCGUUGAUACGAGCCAAAUAUGCUGCAUCUGAUGGUUCUGGUGGCAGAUUGCGUGAUUCUUUUUUGUUAGUAGUUGUGCACUUGUGCACUUGCUAUUGAGGUAAUGUCACAUUAAAGAGAAGUGUUGUCAGUCUUGUAGGUC